AUGGCCUGGGCCCCAGAGCAGAGAAAGGCAGAGCCUCAGCCGCGAGAUCACAGGGUCUGCCAGGAGCGCGGGGGCGGUGGCGGCAGCAGCAGCAGCGGAAGUGAGGGCGGAAGUGGCCAAGGCUGGAGCGGCCCCUCGGGCUACGUGGACCUUAGGGCCUCAGGCACCAGAGAACCACCUCUCUGCUUUAGAUUAAGGAACAAUAUGAUCAGUGUGGUGAUUGGUCGUGGUGGAGCAAAGAUAAAAGACAUCCAGGCCAGGACAAACACCAAGAUACACAUCAUAAAAGGUGACUCUGAAGCAGAGGUAAAAAUUUUUGGCGCCAGGGACAUGAAAGCCAAGGCCAAAGCAGCUAUAGAAGCCCUUGUUGAGAAACAAGAACGCAGCUCGUCAGAGUCCCGGGUUGAAAGUGUCGCACCUCAGCCCUCUGCCACAAGGGAGUUUCCUGCGGAGAGCAGUGGUGGUAGACAAGUUCAGCCACUGAUAGACUGGGAUAAAAUCAGGGCAGAAGUUGUAGGGUGGGAAAAAAGAAAAUGGGCAGAUUUACCACCCAUUACGAAAAACUUCUACGUAGAAGCUAAAGCCACAAGCUCGUUGUCUAAAGUUCAAGUAAACCUCUGGAGAAAGGAAAAUUUUGAUGUAAUGUGUGACGACCUGAAAGAUGGUAAAAAGCGCCCCAUCCCAAAUCCUACCUGUACUUUUCAGGAUGCUUUCCAACCUUAUCCUGAACUUAUGAGGAACAUUAAAAAAGCAGGUUUUCAAAAGCCAGUGCCAAUUCAGUCACAGGCGUGGCCAAUUAUUUUACAAGGAAUAGAUCUUAUUGGAGUUGCCCAAACUGGAACAGGCAAAACUUUGGCCUAUUUAAUGCCUGGCUUUACUCAUCUCAAUAAUCAACCAGUAUCGAGAGAGGAAAGGAAUGGACCUGGCAUGCUAGUCCUUACACCCACUAGAGAAUUAGCUCUUCAGGUAGAUGCUGAAUGUUCUAAGUAUUCAUACAAAGGUCUUAAAAGUAUUUGUAUAUAUGGUGCCGGAAAUAGAGAACAACAAAUACAAGACCUUACCAAAGGCAUAGAUAUCAUUAUUGCAACUCCUGGACGACUGAAUGAUCUGCAAAUGAAUAACUUAGUCAACUUACGAAGCAUAACAUACUUAGUCUUAGAUGAAGCAGAUAAAAUGCUAGAUCUGGGGUUUGAACACCAGAUAAUGAAGAUCUUAUUAGAUGUGCACCCAGAUCGGCAGACUGUUAUGACAAGUGCAACUUGGCCAGAUACCAUUCGUCAACUUGCUGGAUCUUAUUUGAAACAGCCUAUGAUGGUGUAUGUUGGUACUCUGGAUCUAGCUGCUGUUAAUACCGUGAAGCAAAAUGUAAUUGUUACCACAGAAGAAGAAAAACGAUCUCUUAUCCAAGAUUUCCUACACAGCCUGUCACCCCAAGACAAAGUCAUCGUGUUUGUGAGCAGAAAACUUGUUGCUGACGACUUAUCAAGUGAUUUAAGCAUCCAGGGCAUACCAGUGCAAUCACUGCAUGGUAACAGAGAACAGUAUGAUCGUGAGUAUGCUCUGGAGGACUUUAAAACUGGAAAAGUGAAAAUAUUGAAUGCUACUGAUUUAGCAUCCAGAGGUCUUGAUGUUAAUGAUGUCACACAUGUAUAUAAUUAUGACUUACCAUGCAAUAUUGAAGAAUAUGUACAUAGAGUUGGGCGUACUGGAAGAGCAGGAAAGACGGGUGUAUCAAUUACCCUCAUAACUCAAAAUGAUUGGAAAAUCGCUAGCAAAUUGAUUAAGAUUCUAAAACGAGCAAAUCAGAGUGUCCCAGAAGAUCUUAUAGCAAUGGCUGAGCAAUAUAAAAUGCAUAAACAAAAAAAGGACACAAGAAAAAAAUCAAAAUCGCAUGGAAAAGGCACGGAAUUUUAUUGA